UGCCUUGUGAUAUUGGUUGUGACUUAUGACCUAAUAAAAUUGGCAUAAAAAAAAUCGAAAAUUUGUUCUAUUGACAUCUUGAUUUGUGUUUUUUAGAUAAUUCUAAAUUAUAUUUAUUUAUAAUAAGGAAGUGAUUUUAAACUAGUAAGACUUAAGAACAUGAAGUGAACCUAUAUUAUUUAGAACUAAGAAAACCGAAGAAAAUGAGUAAUAUAGAAGAAACAGAAAUUGAUUCUCCAGAAGUUAAUGGAAAUGUAGUAAAUGAAAAUAAAAGAACGGAAUGGGUAAAGUUUGAUGAUGAAGAAAAAGACCCCACUGUUGCCAAUGGUAAAGCAGUUAGUUCACAACCAGGACCAUCUGCAAACAUAGGAGUGCCUGCAGUAUUAAACACUGAAUCUGUUCAAGUGAAUUUAGAGCGAAAUGAUAAAAAUUCAGAGCCAUUAAGCCCUCAUAAGAAAAAUGUAGAAGUCAUUAAUAUUCACCAAGGAUUUAGUAAUGGGGAUAUAAUUGUUACAUUACUCCCUGUAAAUACAAAUUUGCCAUGGAUUACACCAGCUCAGUUCAGACCAGAAUUGGUUCCAGAAGAAUUAAUGGCUCAAGGUUUAACAUUGACAGUGGAGGAGUAUGUUCAUGCAAUGGAAUUACUGGUGAAUGAUGCCCGGUUUACCCUAUAUAACAUUUUUUACAAGAGAGUACUUGUUUGCUGGAUCACAAUAGCGUUUAUAGUGCUUCUCAGCUUGCUAUUCUCAGGCCUGACUGGACUUACGCUAUUCAGCCUUGGUGUGGUGUGGUUGAUUUUUAAUGCAUUGGCAAUUUUUGUCUGCAUGUGGAUCAAGUUAAGACUUUCAAAAGGAUUAGAGCGAUGUUUGGCAAGUGUAAACAAGCUGCUCAUUAAACAUAAAUUGAUCCUUGCUUUAGAUGAUAGAGGAAAAUUAUCCUGCCAUAAAGUUCAUCUUUGUUUUCUGUAUUUUGACUCUGAACCUUGUAUUUCUCAUAUUCAACAAUUUAUUGCAAGUGAAGAAGGGAAAACUAUAAUUCAAGGCUGGGAACAGAAGUUAGAUGUGCAAACAAAUGACAUUGUAAUACGAGGAAGUCAAACUACAAGAUUGUCAAGAAAACAGGAUAUGGGCGAGCAAGUGUACCUUCGUUACCUCCAGCGUUGGGGCAAGGACUUCUUGCGUCGCCGACUUGACUGGACAUUAGAUGAGGAAGGAGGAAAUCCUACUGCCCCUCGGCACUUAUCUCGGGCGCUUUGUCCUUGUCAAUAUGUUGAAGAAAUCUUACGCAACAAAGAACCCAAAGAUACUCGGGCCUGUUGUGUGUCAUGCAACAAUUGGCUAAGGCGAAGAGGUCUGGAUUGACCAAACCACUUUAAUCCUUGGAAAGAGGUGCUCUUUUGUAUGAACGCUAUGUAGGCAGAUGGGGGGCAUAUGUGGUGAAGAACAGACUUAAUCUCAGCACCUUUUCUCCAGGACGCCACGGAGAGAAAUAUGUCUGUCCUUGCCAGUUUAUAGA